AUAAGUGGAGGGUAUUUCGUGUCGCGCCGGAGUGUGUCGCGUCAGCCGCAGCGCAUUAUUUAGCCUGCGGGGACGGAUAGCUCUUCAUCAUCUGUUUAAAUAACCAAUUAUCACAAUGGGCGAAGGAAAGGAUUUGGAAUGCGGUGAUCCUGGUAUCACAAGGCGGCAGUCGGUGAAGCUACCGAUGCUGCCCAAAGCCUUAACCCUCGAAGAGAAGAAAUAUCUUUUAGCCGUGGAACGGGGGGACUUGGCGAAUGUAAGAAGAAUGAUACAAAAAGCGCAUCGCAAGAAACACAUAGAUAUUAAUUGCGUGGAUGCUCUGGGCCGUGGCGCCUUGACCCUGGCUAUCGAUGGUGAGAAUUUGGAGAUGGUGGAAUUGUUGGUAGUCAUGGGCGUGGCUACGAGGGAUGCUCUAUUACAGGCUAUCAAUGCUGAAUUUGUGGAGGCUGUGGAACUAUUGCUUGAACAUGAGGAAUUAAUACAUAAGCACCCCGAGCCUUAUAGUUGGCAAAAAGUAGAUUCAAACACAGCCACGUUUACGCCGGAUAUAACGCCUCUGAUGUUGGCGGCUCAUAAGAACAAUUAUGAAAUCAUUAAGAUUCUACUUGAUCGGGGCGCUACGUUGCCUGAUCCUCAUGAUAUAAGAUGUGGCUGUGAUGAAUGUAUUAGGGACACAAAUGAAGAUUCUCUGCGUCACUCUAUGGCUCGUCUAAACGCUUACAGAGCCUUGGCCUCACCAUCUCUUAUUGCUCUGUCUGCUACAGACCCCAUACUAACAGCUUUCCAACUGUCUUGGGAGUUAAGGAAUUUGGCCUUUGCUGAACAGGAAAGUAAAGCCGAAUAUCUAGAACUUCGUCGUAAAGCGCAAAAGUUUGCUGUUGAUCUCCUGGACCAGUCUCGUAGCACGCAGGAACUGGCCAUAAUCUUGAACCAUGAUCCAGAAGAGCCGCCAUUCGAGGAGGGAGAACAUAUGAAACUAGCAAGAUUGGAAUUGGCUAUUGACUUUAAGCAGAAAAAGUUUGUCGCUCACCCGAACAUUCAACAGCUGUUAGCCACCAUUUGGUACGAAGGUGUACCAGGUUUCCGCAGGAAGAGUACCUUAGAGAAGAUUAUGAUCAUUAUACGAGUGGCAUUAUUAUUUCCCUUCUAUUGCUGCACGUAUAUGAUUGCUCCGAACUGUUCUACUGGAAAAUUGAUGAGAAAACCUUUCAUGAAGUUCUUGAUCCAUGCCUCGAGUUAUUUAUUCUUUUUAUUGAUUUUAAUUCUUGUAUCACAAAGAGCAGAAGUUAAGAUAAUUCAGAUGUUUGGUCCGGAUUGGAUGAUCAAUAACUUGGAGAAAGAAUUAUUGAAGCAGAGGGGCAAUGGACCAACUUAUUUGGAGAUGCUCAUUUGCAUUUAUGUUUUGGGUUUUAUAUGGGAAGAGACCCACGAAAUAUAUGUCCAAGGUAUACGUUGCUAUCUCCGGAACAUGUGGAACUUUAUCGACUUCACCCGAAAUUCCCUUUACGUAGCAGUCGCGGUGUUACGUUUCGCUGCAUACAUACAGCAAAGCGCAGAAAUACAAAGAGAUCCUCAAACAAAGUACAUCCCAAGAGAGGACUGGGAUGCCUUCGACCCGCAGCUGAUCGCGGAGGGGCUGUUUGCAGCGGCGAAUAUAUUUAGUGCCCUUAAGCUGGUUCAUCUGUUCUCCAUUAACCCACACUUGGGACCGCUGCAAAUAUCGCUAGGACGCAUGGUUAUAGACAUCGUAAAGUUCUUCUUCAUUUACAGUUUGGUUCUCUUCGCAUUUGCUUGUGGUCUGAACCAAUUACUAUGGUAUUUUGCUGAUUUGGAAAAACGCAAGUGUUAUGUUUUACCCGGCGGACUGCCUGACUGGGAUAAUGCGGGUGAUUCGUGUAUGAAGUGGCGAAGCUUCGGGAACGUCUUCGAAGCAUCUCAGUCACUCUUUUGGGCUUCCUUCGGAAUGGUUGGUCUUGAAAACUUCGAGUUGGCAGGAAUCAAGAGUUACACUCGUUUCUGGGGUCUCCUCAUGUUCGGAUCGUACUCCGUGAUCAAUGUUAUUGUUUUGUUAAACUUACUCAUCGCCAUGAUGUCUAAUUCCUAUGCGAUGAUCGAUCAACAUUCGGAUGUUGAAUGGAAAUUCGCACGAACCCGCCUCUGGAUGAGCUACUUUGAAGAAAGUUCUACUCUGCCACCUCCCUUUAACAUUUUCCCGACACCAAAAAUUAUUAUGAAGCUUUUUGGCAAGAAUAAAAAGGACGAGUCAAAGAAAUUGGAGGAACAGAAAGAAAAAGACGACGUGCGAUACACGGCAGUAAUGCGUGCUCUCGUAUGGCGUUAUGUCUCAGCUAUGCACAGACGAAUGGACGAUGAUCCAGUUACAGAAGACGACAUCAAUGAGCUGAAAGGAGAUGUAUCCGCUUUGAGAUAUGAGCUUCUAGAAGUAUUUGAGAAGAAUGGAAUGGAUGUUUCGUUCACUGACAGGAAAGAAAAGACCGUUCUUGCAAAACGCAUGAAAGUAUGGGAACGUCGAUUAAUGAAAGAUUUCCAAGUGACUCCGGUGUCAGUGGAGGAUGAUGGGAAGCCUGUGCAUGAGGACAGCCUCGCCAGGUUCAGGAGGAUCGCUAAGAUGGCUGCAGCUGCUGCUUCUGGCUCCAAGUGGGAUCAGACACUGGCCGCGACUGGGAUAUCGUCUCAAAUCGGUCGCUGUCGUACUCGACAAUCGGUCAAGAAACAGCAAAACUUGCAGCGCGCGAUCGAAGAAGCUAGGAAGUUGGUCAUGCAUUCACCCAUGCCCGGUUCAAGGGCAGCGUCUCCAGUAGAAAUGCCAGUGACUCCUGGUCACACCAUCUUAGAGCUCAUCAAGGAUAUCUCCACUGAAAUUAAGGAACAGCAUUAUUCCAGUACAAGUAUGCCCAGAUCUCCGUGGAGAGGAGAGCCAGGUCCAAGUGGUGUACUACCUAAAGUAAGACUUCUGACUCCGAAUGGCAUUCAAAGCAGGUCUCUCUCUCCCAUUCCUAGAGGAUCCAGCCCUACUCCUUCCAAGAUAUCUACUACAAGUGUGUCUCAAGAUCGCAGCCUGAGUCCAGUGCCAAGGCCUGUUAGCCCCAGUGGAAGUGACAGAUGUCAACCAGAGCCAAGUCCUCUGAAAGCUCAGCGUAUUUCUGGUAGCGGGUCGCCGCCACGGGUGGUGAAAAAGAAGCCCCCUGCGCCGCCUCAGCAACCAACAGACAAUAUACGAGAUGCGAGAUGCAAUGACAGAGCAUCUGAUGCCAUAGCCGUCGCUCGACCAGUCGCUCUUGACAUAAAACCCGUUAAAGACGCAUUACCACCACCACCGCCGUAUACUAAGUCUAAGCCUACAACGGAAGUAGGUCCAGGUGCACCGUCAAGCAAGCAUCCAGUUGCAAAGCCAAGGUCCAGAUCUUCGUCCCCAGGACCCACUCAGAUGGCGAAAACACCUGACACUUCACGUCUGCUUACAUCGACUAGCACGGAACUGCUCAUCCCUCCAUCCCCAGACGUUCUCCCUCCAGGGAAGAAGAUUAAUGACGUCAAUACAAUCAAGCGGCAACCAAAAACUGGUUGGCUAUAGAACAUUCUAGAAGGUUAUAAGAUUUCUAAAAUGUACAACAAUAUUAUUUUUGCUGCCAUAAUAUUGAGUUAGAUAGGUCUUGUUUAGAAGUAUUUUUGUUGUUUUAUUUUAUUGUCUGUGAAAACACCGUAAAUUUAAUGAGACCAGGUCUGUAUAUUUUUUUUUUAUAAUGUAUAAGGCAAGCAUGCAUAAUGCUUUUGCUCUAUAGUCAAUUAUUUUAUAAUAAAGUUCUAUCUAAAAACAAAAUCCGUCAUUCAGAUUUAGUUUAUAGGAAACAGCUAUUAAAUUAAAGAGAAAAAAAAACAUCAAAGAUGUAAACAAAAAAACAUAUUUUCAUUUUUAAACUGUUUAUAUAAAUGUGCUAUUUACUUUUUAAUCUGUGCCACAGUGGUGCGAUUGAAAAUAGUUCUAAGAACUCUUAUAACUUACAUAUUUUUUUUAUAUCAAUAAUAAACAAAAAAAAAAAAACAAAAAUGACACAGAUAAAAAAAACAUUAUGAUUAAUGAAAUAAAGCAGAUGAGAUAGUUUCGAGGCAAUAUAUAUAUCGAUAGAUUUCUUGGCUUUGCGAAAUAACCAUAAUUCCUUACUAAUAAAAGUUGUUUAACCAUUGUAUAUACAGUAUAUAGGUGACGUUGCCUUGCUGUGUACUUGCAUCUAUUUAUUAAGCUUUGUAUUUAUUUGUUAACCUCACAUUUAGUUACUGAAACACUGAUGAAAGAAAAAUGAAUUAAUUUGGUUGAAAGCAGUGGCAUGAUGACGUUAUAAUUGACAUUGGUCAUUGGUUGACCAAUGAGAUUAGAUUGUGUAUUUAUAUUAUAGCCAAUUAGGCGUUAUCCUUGACUGACGUUUCAGUGACUAAAGGUUAAAUUUGUUUUAAGCCGUAAGUAUAUUAAAAGCAUUAAUGUGUAUUUUAUAUGCAUUUUUUUUAAUUGUUUAAAUUUGUUUUAUUUUUAUUAUUUAUAAAUAGUUGUAAUUUUCUAUAUAUUAUCUGUACAAGAUGUGUAAAAUAAUAAAGAUGAAGGGAAUAGAAUGAAAUUCGAAACAUGCUCUGAAGAGGUUGACGAGGUCGAAUACGAUCUGUGACCGAUAAAACAUUUGCUACAAGAUAUAGGUACGGCUUCAUGGUCAUUGUUAUUUUUAAUAUAAUUGAAUAAGAAAUAGGAGUUGUUUGUUUGUCUAUUAUUACAACUAACGUUAUAAAUUCACCGACCGAUUUAUAACCCGACCGACAUAUUGUAAUCACCGCUAAAAGAUUCAAAAAUUAUAAUUAUUGUUAAAAUAUAUAGUAAUUUUA